CUUUACCUUCAUCACUCUCCACCGAAAACACCAACAGAACCUUCAGUCUCAACAAUGGAAAUCCCCACCGUCGAUCUCUCCCCGUUCCUGAAAUCCUCCGGCGACGGCGCCGCCGCGAAGAACAACGCCAUCACCACCAUAAGGCAGGCCUGCGAAGAGUACGGAUUCUUCCAAAUCGCGAACCACGGCGUCCCCCUCCACCUCAUCUCCCGCGCUCUGCAACUCUCCGGCGAAUUCCUCGCCUUCCCCGACGACCAGAAGCUCCAAUACGCCGCCCCGUCGGAGGCCCCCCUCCCCGCCGGCUACCGGCAGCACCCGCCGGAGUCCGCCGACAAGCUCGAGUAUUUCCUCAUGUUCGACCCCAAAUCUGGAUUCAACGUCAUGCCCCCAAACCCUCCCGAUUUUAGAGAAGUGCUUGAGGAGAUGUUCGGACAUUUCAGGAAGACUGGAGAGUUGAUGGAGCAGAUUCUUAACGACUGCUUUGAGCUUCCUCCAGAUUUCUUGAAGACCUUCAAUGGCGACAGGAGCUGGGAUUUCAUGGUAGCUCUGCGCUACUUUCCGAUCUCCUCGGAAUCCGACGGUAAGAAUGGGCUGUUGGAGCACGAAGACAGCAACAUUUUUACAUUUGUAAUCCAGGAUGAUGUCGGAGGGCUUGAGGUUAAAAAGGCUGGGGAAUGGAUUCCGGUGGUUCCGAAUCCGGACACCAUUGUUGUCAACAUCGGCGAUGUUCUUCAGGUGUUGAGCAACAAGAAGUUCAAGAGCGCGACUCACAGAGUUGCUCGUCCGAAAGGGAGAGACCGGCACUCGUUUGCGUUCUUUUAUAACAUCGAGGGCGAAAAGUGGAUCGAGCCGUUGGCGAAGUUCACAGAGGAUGUAGGAGAAGCCGCGAAGUACAAGAGAUUUCAGUACAAGGAAUAUCAGGCGAUGAGGAUGAAGAACAAGACAAAUCCACCUGAGAGGCCUGAGGAUGAGGUCAGAAUUACUUACUAUGAACUGCCCGCUCGUUAAUUGUAAUAGAUUAAAAUUCUGCAUUUCUGCUUGCCUGCCUGCCUUCUUCAAGGCCUUGAAUAAUUAUCUGUUGUUGCUACUCUCUUCUUGUAAUAAAUCUUUGUUGCUACUCUCA